AUGGAGAAACCCGUGGGGCUCUGUUUUUCCAUGGCUCCCCUGUUUUUAUUUCUCGGCAUUUUCCUCCUUCCACAGGCAUUCGCCAGCCAUGAUUAUGGCCAAGCUCUCAGUAAGAGCCUUCUUUUCUUCGAGGCUCAGAGAUCUGGUUACUUGCCUACUAACCAGCGGGUGGAUCUGGUCGGAGGGUACUAUGACGCCGGGGACAACGUGAAAUUCGGGCUGCCGAUGGCAUUCACCGUCACCAUGAUGUCGUGGAGCAUAAUCGAGUACGGGAGGCAGAUGGCGGCCGGCGGCGAGCUCGGGAACGCCCUCGACGCCGUCAAGUGGGGCACUGACUAUUUCAUUAAAGCUCAUCCCGAACCUAAUGUUCUCUACGGAGAGGUCGGAGAUGGGAACACGGACCACUACUGCUGGCAGAGACCGGAGGACAUGACCACGUUGAGAGCCGCUUACAAGAUCGACCCGAGCCACCCGGGAUCUGACCUCGCCGGCGAGACCGCCGCCGCCAUGGCCGCCGCGUCAAUCGUCUUCCGCCGCUACAACCCUUCCUAUGCGGCGGAGCUUCUCAAACACGCUUCCCAGCUCUUUGAUUUCGCGGACAAGUACAGGGGCAAAUAUGACAAUAGCAUCACGGUUGCGCAGAAGUACUACCGAUCAGUCAGUGGGUACACAGAUGAAUUGUUGUGGGCAGCUGCAUGGCUAUACAAGGCAACAGACAAUGAGUACUAUUUAAAUUACUUAGGGAACAAUGGUGAUGCCCUUGGAGGAACUGCUUGGGCCAUGACUGAAUUUGGUUGGGAUGUUAAAUAUGCUGGGGUCCAAACUUUGGUUGCUAAGUUCUUGAUGGCAGGGAAAGCCGGUAAACAUACCCCGGUUUUCCAGAGGUACCGAGAAAAGGCCGAGUUCUUCAUGUGCUCGUGCCUCGGCAAGGGGACCCGCAAUGCCCAGAAGACGCCAGGUGGACUCAUCUUCAGACAGAGGUGGAACAACAUGCAGUUCGUGACGAGCGCCUCAUUCCUCAUGACUGUAUAUUCGGACUACCUAACCUCAGCCCGCCAAUCUCUUAGGUGCGCCAAUGGCAACGUCUCCCCCAACGAGCUCCUAUCCUUUGCUCAAUCCCAGGUGGAUUACAUACUGGGGGACAACCCACGGGCAACGAGUUACAUGGUGGGGUACGGGAAUAAUUACCCGAGACAGGUCCACCACAGGGCAGCCUCUAUUGUGUCCUACAAGGUGAACCCCUCGUUCGUGACUUGCAGGGGAGGGUACGCCACCUGGUACAGCCGCAAGGCGAGCGACCCAAACCUGCUGACCGGAGCAAUAGUUGGCGGGCCCGAUGCCUAUGACAAUUUUGCUGACGAGAGGGACAACUACGAGCAAACCGAGCCCGCCACAUAUAACAAUGCCCCACUCAUUGGUAUACUGGCGAGGCUUCACGCGGGUCAUGCCGGAUACAAUCAGCUUCUGCCAGUGGAGCUACCUGCGCUUAAACCGAUUGCGACUAAUCCAACACCAGAAUUGGUUAAACCCACUCCAGCUUCUGCCUCGAGUAGCCCGGUUGUUGUUACUCAGAAGGUCACGAGCUCGUGGGUACUGAACGGGAGAACUUACUACAGAUACAGCACAACAAUCACAAACAAAUCCUCCAAAAAUUUGAGAAACCUGAAGCUCUACAUUUCUAACCUGUAUGGUCCACUGUGGGGACUGACAAAGUCCGGCAACUCCUACUUCCCAUCAUGGGCCAACUCAUUGCCUGCCGGUAAAAGCAUCGAGUUUGUGUACAUUCACGCAGCCUCCCCUGCAAAGGUCAGGGUGUCGAGCUACAAUCUCGUCUAA